AUGUCACAGAAAUCAUCCAUCACUCUGGAGCUAGAAAUGAAAAUUGCUCCCAGGAAAGUCAAUAUUCGGAAAAAUCCAGGAGGUCAGAUUGAGGAAGGCAUGAAUGUUGUGUUGCAUUGUGAAGUGGGUGAAGCAAAUCCCACGAAUAUCACUUAUACGUGGUAUAAAGAUGGGAAAAUGAUUUUAUUGGAUUCUCCCCAUGCAUACUUGAACCUUAUAAGCAUUGAUCCAGCACAAUCUGGCCGCUACUGGUGUGAAGCCAGUAACAGUGUGGGCAAGACACUUUCUCCAACAAUCACACUUCACGUUAUCUUGCGAACACUUGACAGUGGCACGUAUGAAGUGAAGGUGACAGUUUCAGUUGACAAAUACCCAUGGCAAUUCAAGCGGUUCCUUACUGCUACGCUGAAUGUUACUGAUUCUGAUUUCAGCAUAGUUUGUGCUCAGUCUAAGAGUGCUGUUGAUUUUACUUUCUCCUUUUCAGAGUCACCUCCAGAGCCCACCCUAGAAACUAUUCCUGUGAACAUGCAGGAGAAGAAAAUAACCCGAGUGAUAUAUGCUCCCAAGGAGGUCCAGCUUGCUGUUUUAAAUGAUCUGCCCAUUAAGGAAGGAGAUACCAUCAUGAUGAACUGCUCUUUUGGCAGUAGUAAACCCAAUGAUAAUUGGUACAACUGGUUUAAGUCAGAUCCCUCUAUGAUUGAAUAUAAAUAUAUUGCUCCCAAGGAGGUUAAAAUUCUGCAAAAGCCAGAAGGGCGGAUACAUGAAUUUGCCUCUGUUUAUCUGAAAUGUGAAGUGGAAAUAGCAAAGCCCGUGGAUCUGACUUUCAAAUGGUAUAAAAAUGAGGAGCUGCUGGAUUUUACAGGCCAUGUCCUGACCAUCUUAAAAACAAAUCCCUUCCAUUCAGGCACCUAUCACUGUGAAGCUGAAAACAGCGUGGGCAGCUCACGCUCCCCAGCUAUUACGCUGCAUGUACUUUACGAUUACAGCGGAAAGCUCUUAUACAACAGCAACCGGACUACAACUGCAGUCAGUUCUGAGUUUCAUAAUCGAGUGAAAUUCGUGGAAUCCCCUUCAGAACUGAUAGAGACAGUGUCCCCCGAAGGGGAAGAAAACAGUGUGUAUAAAGUGGCAUGUUCAAUACCUUAUAGUUGCUUAGAUGAGCCCAUAACAUUAUCUAUUCAAGGAUUAGAAGAUCAUCAUGUGCGGUCCCCAGAAAUGACCACUAAACUCCAAACAGUACAGACUGAACUAUCUUUCACGGCCACUUGGGAGGACCAUGAGAAACAAUUGACAUGCUUGCUAAAAACCCCUGAUGGGAGAGAAAUAAAGAAACCAUUUGCAAAUCUGAAGGUGAAAUAUGGUCCCAAAGGAGUUAAAGUGAAUGCUGAUCCUGGAGGCACAGUCCGAGAAGGAGACAAGCUCAGUCUGGAAUGUAUAUUUAACAGCAGUAAUCCGCCUGUGUAUUCUUAUCAGUGGUUUAAGAAUGAUGUACCUUGGAACGAUUGGUCAUUUGGCUCCAGAUGGGAAUUUGAUAGUUUAAAAGGAACAGAUUCUGGCAGUUACAGUUGUCAAGCUACUAAUUUGAUUGGAAGUGUCAUCUCUGGAAUACUGACGAUCAACGUCCAGUAUCCACCCAAAGUCAACAUUAUAAUGACACACUCAUCCAUCCAAGAAAGGGACCAUGUGACUUUGACCUGUUCAGCCACUGGCAAUCCUUCCAUCAGUGGUUAUGAAUGGUACAAAAGCAGCAAACCUGGUAUUAUCACAGCUAAAAAGGAUCUGGAAUUUGAGGGAAUUCAACCCAGUCAUUCUGGUACCUAUCAUUGUGUGGCCCGCAAUGAGAUUGGCCAGUCAAAUGCAUCUGUCACACUGAAUGUUCGUUAUCGCCCCAAGGAUGUCCAACUUUUUCAUUUAAAUCAUUUGCCCAUAAAGGAAGGAGACAAAGUCAUUUUGAAGUGCUCUGUGGGCAGUAGUUACCCCAGCAACAACUGGUACAAAUUUUUUGAGUCAGGUGUUGACGCACCUAGAAGCUGGGACUCAACACGGACGUUCUUCGCAAAACCGGCACCACUCACUUCUUACAGAUGCGAAGCAUGUAAUAGUAUUGGCUGCACUUCCUCUCCAUCCAUCACUUUGGAUAUCCUCUAUGGCCCCAAAGAUGUCAAGCUCAAUCGAGAACCAUCGGGGUUGGUCCGCGAAGGUAAUUCUGUUCAACUGAUUUGUAGUGUGAGAAUGGCCAACCCCCAGCAACUCAACUACACCUGGUAUAAAAAUGGGCAACUGCUGCCACUGAACUAUACAGAAAAUGUUCUACUCAUCCAGAACGCCCAUUCAGUGGAUUCUGGCAUCUACCAUUGUGUAUCGAAAAACAUCAUAACAAAUGCAAAGUCUCCAACUAUUAAGCUGGAAGUGAAUUAUGGGCCUCGUAAUGUUCAUCUAACUCUAGAUCAGAAAGGUGUUACUGAAGGAAUGGAUAUCUAUUUGAGGUGUGAUAAUGAUGCUUACCCAACGGCGGUUACUUACAAGUGGUACUGGAAAGGCGAAGAAAUCUUUAUGGAGGAUUCAAAAAUCCUAGUACUCAGAAAAAUUAAGGUUGCACAGUCAGGAGACUAUCUUUGCAAAGCAUUCAACUCUAUCUCAAAUAAGGAAUCACAACUCAUCACCAUUAGUGUAUCCUAUAGCACAGCUACAGUGAUGAAACAAACCUUGAUUAGCUUUGGCGUGGUUCUUGCCCUUAUUAUCUUAUUGGGGUUGCUGCUUUAUGGCUGUAAGAAAUGGAAGAAAACAACACAUUCAGACAUUGGAAGUUCACAGAGACCAGGCUCAUUUUUUGUGAGGAAGGCCAAGCGAGAAGUACCACUGAAUAACAACUGCAGACUAAAUGAAGGUAGAACGGGCAGACCCCAAGACUGCCAGAACGAGGAGCAAGAUGGCUCCAUUUCAUAUGCAAGACUCCAGUUCUCCCACAGUGGGUUAAACGACCAUACUAUUUACUCCAGAGUCAUUCUUCCAAAUAUGGGACUAGAUUCCUCAGAGAACAACGUGAUCUACAGUGUAGUAAAGAAACCUACAUUGCACCCCAAGAAUGACACCAAGAUGGAUUAUGAGAAUGUGAUGAACAAAGAAGAGGAAUUGCACUAUUCUUCCUUGGUGAACUUGGCAUCACGGCCCCAUCCCAUCAAUGUAGACUUAGAAACAGAUUCUCAAUCAGAAGACAGUAUCCAGUAUGCAGCUCUGAGGCACUGAUCUACUCAAGUCUGCAGAAAUCAGGACUCUCCAACGGAGAAGUGGGAUUAGAAUUGGGUGUGUCUACAGCUUUCUUUUUACAACAAAGAAUAGCAGACUUCUGCAGGUAAAAGAAGGAAGUUAAAGUAGGAUAAGGGGCUAAUAAAACCAACAUUUAUGUUUAUAUUGCUGUAUGUCCAAGUCAACAACAGGAGGUAUAUGGCUGGUAUAAUGGUCAACUUUCAACAUAUAAACCUAAUUCACUGGCGAGACAGUCUUUUUUUCAUGACUGAUAAAGCUUGCUCCUCUCUUUCUGAUAUUCAAUCCACCCCUUAGAAACUAUUAUAGAACAGCUCAAGGUUGUUCAUGUAGUAAGGACCUUUUCAAGCUAGAGAUCUUCCUCACUAGAGAACCCUAAUUUGCAACUUAGGCCAUCAAAUUGCCAUGCAUUGUAUCUUCUGCCAUGGCACAAUUAAGGUUGUAUCUUCUGCCAUGGCAUGAAUAAAACAACCAUGUCAGAUCUAUUACCAAUCAGUUUUUCAAAAUAAAUUAAACAAUAAUCCUAGAUACCGUUUUCCUUCUGUCCUUCUCAGAGUGCAGUUAGUUUUGUUCAGCCAGGU